ACUAGAGAGCGUUGAUAAACAAUAACGUUGAUCAACUUUCAUGAUACAAUAAAAGAAGUAUUUAUUUUUUUUUAUUCUGAACUUCAUAUAGUCUUCUUUUUCUUUUUUUUCUUUUUUAGAAAUGUGCGUUUAAUGACGAAAUAUGUUGUCUUGUAAUGAAAAUAUUGUGUAUUCAUAGUGUGCACUUUACUGAAUUAAUUACUUGCGUCGCAUUUAGAAUAUAACACGUACUAUUGUAAAUUGCAAAUUCAUACAAUGGCAUUGCGAAAAUUAAUGCAUCCAAGAAAUAAAUAUAAAAAGAGUCCUAAUUUUAAGCAACUUGCUCUUUUGUAUCCAGAAUUUCGCAAAGUUGCAGUUACGGAUCUCACAGGAAAAGUGCAUAUUGACUUUAAAAAUGAAGAAACUUUGCGUAUUCUUACCAAAGUAUUAUUAAAACAUGACUUUGAUCUCACAGUAAAGAUACCACAAAAUAAAUUAGUACCAACUUUACCUUUACGUUUGAAUUAUAUUUUGUGGAUUGAAGAUUUAAUGACACAUGCCUCUUUUACUGAAAUGGAAAAUGUUAAAGGCAUUGAUAUUGGAACAGGAGCAAUUUGUAUAUAUCCUUUAUUGCUGGCAAAAAUAUAUGGAUGUUAUAUGUUUGGAACAGAAGUUGACGACACAAGUAUUGAAUCAGCAAUAGAAAAUGUUAAGAAUAAUAGUUUAGAAAAUUUAAUUCAAGUGAUCAAAGUGGAAAAAAAUAAAAUUUUGAAAGAAACGAUAGAAGAAAAUGAAACUUUUCAUUUUAUAAUGUGUAAUCCUCCAUUUUUUGAAACUGAAGAUACCUCAGACAAAGUAAUAAAACAACAACCACCGAGAAAUGCUCCUACUGGUAGUAAUAAGGAACUAAGCAUUGAAGGAGGUGAAAAAUUAUUUGUAACAAAAAUGAUUGAAGAGAGUAUACAGAUUGGUGAAAAGAUCAAAAUAUAUACUUCUAUGCUUGGAAAAAAAAAUAGUUUAUUCUACUUUGUCAAAUUAUUAAAGGAACAUAAUAUAAACAAUUUCACAUGGACAGAAUUUUGUCAAGGCCAUACAAAACGAUGGGGUUUAGCAUGGUCCUUCUUGUCAAUAGAUGUAUGUGAUUUGACAAAAGCACCUGUUAUAAGAGAAAGCAAUAUCAUGGAUAAGUUUUCAAAAGAUCACCCACCUUUGGAAAUAAUAUUUCCCAUGCAAGAUAAAUAUCUACUAAUUGACGAUGUUAUUAUAGAAUUAAAGAAGAUAAUUAACAAUUUACAGAUAAAUAUAAAAGAGUUAGAAUUACAAAAAAAUACGUUGAGUGAAUGGGGAUGUCAACUCACAGCACAAAAUGAUACAUGGUCGCAUGCGCGUAGAAAACGUCGUUUAGCCGAAAGACAAAGUAAAGAUUGCAAAAAAGUAAAUAUAGAAAGUACUCUAGUUACAGAGCAAAUUAAUGUAGAAUCUGAAAUCAGAAAAACACAACAUAUGGAUGUAAAAAAUGAAGAUAUACAGUUUGUUUCUACAAAAGACACAGAAACAUCUGAUCAUAAAGGUCCUUUGUUAAUUUUCGAUUUAUUUCUUAACAUAUUAGAGGAUGAACAAGAUCCUGAAAAAAAAAAUGUAAAGAUUAGUUUAUUUUACGAAAGUGGAAGUGGUGGGAGAAAUACACUGGAAACAUUGAGACAAUAUUUGAUAAACAAAUUAAAUGUCCGAAUAUAUUUUCAACAAUUCUGUUCUAAAACAAAUAAAAAGAGAAGAAAAAAAUUCAAGAAGGCAAAGAAAGAUCCUCCAUCUAAAUUAAAUAAACGAGGAAAAGAAAAAAAAUUAAAUAUUUCGUCAGCUGAGGAUAGUGCAGAUUCAUUUUAGAUUGUAUUAAUUUUGUAUAACAAUGAGAAACAACGUAUUUCACACAAUAAUUUUAUCAACAUAUACAAAAGGUAUGUCUAAAUUAAGUAUUUAACUUUAUUUAUAAUCAAAUACUUAUAGACUAAAGUUUCUUUAUCGUACAAUUCAGUUUAAUCAGUGUUAUACAUUUUGUAGGGGAUAAAGUGUAUGAAUCUGUUUUAAAAUUAUAUAUGGCAUGAUAAUAAAUCGCUAAUUCAGAUCUUUCACUACUGUUAAUAGACAUGAUUCUUUAUGCAUCUAAAUACUAUUUUUAUUUACUAUUUAUAUUGCAAUAAAACAGUCUGUUUUGUUUUUCAUGGUAACUUCUAAUAUUUUGAAGCUAGUUUGUUUCAAUCAUAAUGAUUUCUAAAAAUAAAGCUGAAAUAUGAUAUAUAUAUUUUUUUUAAAUGAUAAAUUUGUGAUUCAUGUAAUAGAGAAAAAAAAAUAUUAACACCUUUGUAAUAAUCACUGAUAUCUUAGCAUUACUUAUGGUAUAAUUAAUGAUUAUAUUAAACUAAUGCUACUCUAGCAGUAAUUUGACUAAUGAGUUGCAUCUGUAUGUAGAUGAUUACAAAUGUAAUAAUGUAGGUGCCAUUAUGUCACAUUCCUCGUUAUUGUUUAUCCUAUGCAUAUUAAAAGGCAAAUGCAUUAUUUAUAAUGUUCAAUAUUUGCACAGAAGUAAAUGAAUUUAAAAAAUAAUGAUCAGGAAGCCCUUUAACGCGAAUUUAAUGAAAUCUAACUAAUGAAAAGUACAAUUUCAUGAUAUACGAAUGUAAAAAUGGCAUUAUACAUUUCUCUAUCAUUGGUAACAAGAAUGAAAAACAAUAUAAGUGUAUUUUUAUGACACAAAAUGAUCACUUUUUCAAAAUAUACUAAUGAAGUAUACUAUGUAUAACUAUAAAAAAAGAGAAAACAAAUAACUUAAAUGUUAAUAACGUGUCAAUGAAUAUUCAUAGUUCAUUAAAAAAAAAAAAAGAAAAAAAAAUAAAAUAAAAUACAACGAACACUGUCUUAACAUUUCCGUUAAAUCUCCUCUCACAAACAAUUACUAAAGAACAUUAAAAGUAAGACAAAAUAAAUCAACAAAUAAUCAAAAGUUGACGUAUCUAUGUGUGAGUACAUGUUCGUGCGCGCGCGCGUGUAUAUGUUACGAUAUAGUUUUGCCAUGAUGAAAGUAUAAAUAUUCAAGGCCUUAGAAAAAUGCUUUGCAAUUAUGAAAACUUCUUGUUCUUCGAUUUUAAUGAAUUUUUUCAAUUACACGUAGACCUUCUUUUGUAUCUGGUCAAAUGAAUUUACCACGCUGGUAAAUUUUCUUCUUGUAAGAGAUAAGAUCUCUUUGAACGUUAUUUACAUUGAACAACAAUUGAAUUUGUUUAUUGUAUCUGAUUAUGAUAUAGAAGGGCCAAGUAAAAUCCGCAACAUUUUAAAGAGCGAACGUCACAGAUCUGAUGAAAGUACAUGUUUUUUUUUUUUCUUUUUUUUUUCCUUUUUCUUUUUUUUUUCUUUUUCUUUUUUUUUUUUUCUUUUUUUUGCAAAUGCGCUCCUUCCCACAUAUUGAUUACGACUUUGAAACACUGCACUGCAAAAGUUCCAACAUUAUAGCACUAUAAACAAAUAUAAUGCACUAUUUGACAAUCCUAUUACAAAGACACUGCCCCACUCCGAUUUUAUUCCAAUCGUAUAUGUGUUCGUAUAAGCGUUACCUUUCGAAAGGACAAACGCGGGCAUGAUGAGAGAGACUAGGAUUUGAAAAUGAUACUACUAACUCUUUCUAUAUCUGUACGCAUACAAAAAGUUCAGCUUUCUGCCAUGACCGGUUCUAAUGUUGCUUUAGUCUCUUCUAGCUUUUUCCCUUCUGACUUUUGUUCAAUUUUUCGAUUUUCCUUCUCGUUCUUUUUGCUUUCAGUAGUUUCGAUCGCUUUGCUUUCGUUAUCCGGCGAUUGUUCUUUCUGUCGCUUUUCAAUUUCCGCUUUGAAAUUUUCAAUAUCCUGCUGACUAAUUUGUACAAAAAGAAUACCAUUUAUCACAUUUAACAUGUCAAGAACCGAACCCAUACUAGGUGGUUGCACUUGAAUAGGCGGCAAUGUGACUCCUGACUUUCCCGUGUAAAUUUCAUUCAUCUUCUUUUGUAAUACUACAGCUUGUUGCGUAAGAUGUCUCAGACAGUCACUACUUUCUUUUGUUUUUUCAUGAUCUUCGCCCAAUUGUUGUUUAUAAAUCGCAUAAGUUUCCUUUUCAUUGUUUAAGGCUGCACGGAAAUCACCCAUACAUGAUUGGGUCCUUGCAACAAGAUGAUAGGAUACUGCUACUUUCAAAGAACGCGGACCAUGAUAACGAAGAUUUAAAUCCAGAGCAUGUUCCAAAAAUCUAAGUGAUAAUUCAUACUCCCCAACGGCAUGUAAUAUUAAAGAAAUGUUACUCUGUAAGUAUAUAAGAAAAAGUCAAGUUUUAAUUAUAACAUAAUAUUUAUCCACAACAAAUAUCUAUGUUACUUACAUCAAGAAGAGCUACUUCCGGAUGAUCUUCACCACAAACUAACAAUGCGAGAUAACGUGCUCUGUAUAAUAAUCGUAACGAUACGGAAACUUGACCAUUUGCAAAAGAAUACAAUGCGAGAUGAAUCUAGUAAUGAGAAAGAGGGAGAGAGAGAAAAAAAAAGAUAAAUUUUCGACAAUGUUAUGAAUCUAGUAAUGAAGGGGGGAAAAAAAAAAUAAAUAAAUUUCCAACAAUAUUUAAAUAAAUACAAUUGCAGAAAGAAAUUCAUUUCGUUUCGAACACUUACAUAUUCCGUGAUAGUAUAUGGAUGAUCUAUACCAUUCACUCUUUCUGACAUGAGUACAGCUUUUUGUUGGGUUGCUAAUGCUUCUCCAUGAUCUCCCAUUAUAUAAUUCAACCUUGCAAGCAUUCUAAGACAUUGUGCAAUUUCAGGAUGCAUGGCUCCAUAAACAUUGUUCAAUAAAUUCAAUGCUUCGCUAAUUAAUUCAUAUCCAUCCUUCAAAUAACCUUGUUGAAUCUUGCUUUGUCCAGUUGUAUAAAAGUUAUAAGCAUCACUAGCCUGUAAUAAUAUUAAACGAUUGUUGUCCUUUAAUUUCUUUUUCUUUUUUUCUUUUUUUCUUUUUAAUGCUUUGUGAUAAUUAAUCUAUAUGUAAUUUGUGUUCAACUCACUCUAGGGUUGAUAUGUUUAACAACAGGGAAAAUAUUCAAGAUGUCUUCCUCAAAGAACGUGGCUCUAUUUCUAUUUUCAAAAUUAUAUUCACGAAGUAAUAUCUGAAUACCCGUUUUUAUGCAAAAACCACGAAGCAAAGAAAUCUUUUGCAGAUGGAAAUGUUCAAUCGUAGCAUCCAAUGAUUCAGGUGUUGGUGUCUCCCAAUCGUAAUAACUUUUCAGAUCUGCUUUAAUUUGUUGCCAAAGUGAUUUUGGUGUCAAGGAUGCCCAUUCAACUUCCGAUUGUUGUGGUCCAUUAUUUCUACCCUUUCUUUUAUUACGUCUUUUUGCUGUUUUACUUUGCAACUGAAAAUAAACAAUAAUUAUCGUCGGAACAAAUAUUACUUUUUCUUUUUAAUUUUUUUUUUUUUUUUUUUUUUUAUACGUCGUAUAAAAUAUUUUACAGUAACAUACUUCUUCAAGAUUUUGUUGAGGAUGUAUGAUCUGUGCUGAAGAUAACAAACAAUUUAAGAAAUGACUGAUAGCUGCUGAGAGACUCAUUAACUCUGUACCCUGAAAUAUAAAAUAAUAUUAGAUAAAGAGAGAAAAAAGAGGGAGAGGGGAGGAGAACACUUUUUUGAAUAAUUUUUUAUCAAUAAUAUCUUGAUAGUUCACCUGCAUAUAAGACGUGAAAAUAUGUUUUGCUGAACGUAAAAUAAGUUCUGAAACGGCAAUACGAUUGAGAUAUCGUAACUGGGGUACUGCAGCUAACAUGACCGCUAGUUUUCCAAGAUAACGAACGUUAAUACCUCUACCAUGUAAAGCUUCUAUCAACGUGCUACCAUCCAUGGCAGCGGCCGUAUGAUCUAAACAUUCUCGAAUCUAUAAUUAAUAUUAAUUUGUAAUAAAGUUAAACGUAGUUAACAAGAAAACAAUAUUGGUAUUAUAUACAAAUAGACUCACAAAAGUUGGGAGUUGUACGGUCAAUAGAAAAUCUGCAGCAUCUUUGACCAAUUGUUUUUGUUUCUUCAAUGCAACAUCAUUUGGAUCUGGAUGACGAACUCCAGGCGAGAAAACAUCCGGAUUAAAUCUUACAUCAAAUUCCGCGUCUCGUAAACUUCCAACAGCUGCUGCAGCUCUACGAACUAUUUCUUUAGUACUUUCUUCCACUGUUAAAAAAAAAAAAAAAAAAAAAAAAGAAAAAAAAAAAAGAAAAAAAAGACCAAAAAAAAAGAAAAGAAAAUAGCAAAGAAAAAGAUACACAAGUGACAUUAAGUAUAUCUAUGUAUCACAUGUAUAAGUAUAUAAACGAAUAUACAAUACAUACAUUCUUGCUUUUCACCUCCUGUUAUAGAAUCAGUAAUACUCUCAACAAUUUUUUUAGCUUCAUCAGCCUCGAUUAAAGACUGUGCCGAAACUUCUUUAUUACUGUCAACUGCCACGGCAUUUGCUUCUUCUUUUUUAUUUUCCUAAAAUUAUCGAUUGUUCUAAAUAAAAUAUUUAAUUUUAAAUUUAAUGUCAAAAAAAAAAAAAAGAAAAAUAUCUGAAAAUUGUAUUACCUUUGACGAUGAUUCUUUUUCUUUCUGUGACUUUCGAGCGGACGUAAGUUGUUGAAGAUGAACAGCAGCAUGCUUGAUAAAUUGAACAUAUCUAGCUUCCACGAAAGAAUCGAUUAAUUCUUGGCGAAGACAAGCCAAUUUGUGUUUAUGUUCAAUAGGAAAGCCUAAUGCCCUUGCUUCUUUACUUAAUUCAACGCCUUCCACUAAACAAAGUAUGGAGAAUUUAAAAAAAUUCUAAUUCUCUGUCUAUUAACUUAUAAUUAUUCCUAUUAAUUAACUUACAUUUUAAGAAAUUAACAUCGGGCGGAAAAGUCCUGAGUAAAUCUAAAACAUAAUGUCGAGAAUCAUUUCCAAUGAUACCCUUACAUUCCACACUACUACAAAGUUCAACUUCUUCUCCAGCAUCGUUAAUUACUUUAUGAGGCAAUAUUUUUAAUUGUUGUCCAGCUUUGUUUAACUGUAAAGAUAAAUAUUUACUAUGUAUAAACUAUGAUAACAAAUAUGGAACAAAAUUUAUUUAGAUUUAUUAUGCGCACAUACCAAUUCAAUAUAUUUCGGAUGUGUAAGAACGUUUUUCCCAAAAUCUAUAGAACCAUAUAUAACAGAUUGUUCUUGUUCACGUUCUAAGAUUCCUGGGAUAAUAGAUUGAGCAGUAACACGGUAACCUCUGCAAAGAUUGACAGUAAAUAGAAUGAUUCAAAAAGGGAAGAAGAUCCAAUUAUAUAUAUAAUUUUUUUUAAUUUUUACACAAUUACAUAAAAUUAUAAGAAACAUAUAUAUGUGUGUAUGUGUGUGUGUAUAUAUAUAUAUGUAUUUAUAUGUUUCGAUAUACCUAUAAUCAAUAACAACUGUGCCAAGAGUAUAGAGUCCAAGUAAAUCAACAGCAGCAUAAACUCUAACGCCUUGCAAAUCAUUACGAGGAGCAACGAAAGCAGCAGCAUCACCACCUAGUUCCUUAUAAUGAUCUCGUACAUCAAAGCCUAAAGAGAAAAAAAUAUUGUUCCAAAUAAACAUUUGCAUCUUUGCUUCCUCGCCCGGAUUUAUGGCCAUGACAUUGCCAUCGAUUACAGCGACCGCUCCUCGAGUCGCUGCAGCGACAAAAUCACUGUGAACCUAAAGAGAUAAUAUUUCAAUACCAUUCAAUUUACAAAUAUUUUCUCAAAGAAAUUGUCUUAAUGAAAGAAAAUAAACCUUGAAAAUAGCACGUUCUCUUAAUAAUCUCUCAGGUAAAUUUUUGCGAGGUAAUUCCCUGGUAGUUUGCAAUUCUUCGUUCCAAUCUCGUGUUUGUCCUGGGAUAUGUUCUUCGUAGCCUAAUUUUGAUGAGAAAGCUAUAAAGAAGAAUGAAAGAAUGUAACAAAAAAAAAGAGAGAGAGAGAUAGAUAGAUAGAUAGAUAGAUAGAUAGAGAGAGAGAGAGAGAGAGAGAGAGAGAGAGA